AUGUUGAUUGUGCUGGCCAGAUUGGAAGAAGCAAACAUCGCAGUUCAGGACAGUCGAAGCAAAGUUGAAAAGCAGAUUCAACAAUUGGCGGACUAUGAGGCCGAAGUGAAUUUGUUAAAACGAAGGAUUGCUCUGCUUGAGGGUGACAGGGAGAUCAACAAAAAAACACUCACUCGUCUGCAAGAUGCUCUUAAUAGAGCCAGAAUCGACCUUGAUAACGAAUCGUUACUACAUCAAGAUGCUGAAAAUAGAAGGCAGAUGUUAGAGGAAGAGCUCGAAUUUUUGAAACAAGUUCACGAACAGGAAUUACGAGAAUUAGCAGCACUGGCCUACAGAGACACAACAACUGAAAACCGCGAACUCUGGAAGAGCGAGAUGAGCUCGAGUUUGAGACAAAUGCAACAACUGUACGACGAUAAAGUUGAUGACAUGAGGAAAGAACUUGAAUCUUUUUACACCAUGAAGGUACAAGAAUUCAGAACUGGAGCCACGAGACAGAAUCUUGAUACCGUUCACACGAAAGAAGAAAUGGUUCGCUUAAGAAGUCAAUACAGUGACAUACAGGGCAAGCUGUUUGAACUGCAGUCUAGAAAUGAUAAUUUACAACGAGAAAUUGACGACUUGAAACAAGAAAAACAGACCAGAGAAAGGGAAUUAGAAACCGAAAACGAAAAGUUGAUAUCAGAAGUUGCAGCGUUGAAAGCUGAGAUGGAAAGCAUAACUCGGGAACUGCAAGAUUUACUCGACGCCAAAUUGGGCUUGGAAUUAGAAAUUGCCGCCUAUAGAAAACUUCUGGAAGGCGAAGAAGACAAGAUUGGUCUAAGACAAGUAGUUGAUUCAAUGUUCACAACGAUGACGACGGGAUUUUCAGGACCAGGUGGACCAGGAGCGCAGCCAACUGCAACCUCUACUUCCUCGUCGUCUGCCGUCUACGAAUCCAAAUAUUCUUCUUCGAGGGGUGGGGGUGCCGUCAAAUCUUCCACGUCGAAUAAUUAUGCGUCGUACGGUAGCGUGGGUGGAGGAGGUGGUGGGGCUGGCUACUCGUCUGCCACAUCUUUCGGAGGAGGCUAUGGAGACACCGCAUUAAAUGUGAACCAAGUCGUCAAAGGGGACAUGUUGGCGAGGACUACCUACCAAAGAAGUGCCAAAGGACCCAUCGCCAUCGCGGAAUCAUCACCAGACGGGACGUACAUCUGCCUGGAAAACACUGGGAGGAGGGAAGAAAACCUUGGAAACUGGACGAUACGUCGAAUUGUGAACGGCAACUCAAUGCCUGUGGCCAACCUUCCAAGUGAUUUCAGAAUUGCAUCCGGUGCCAAAGUCAAAGUCUAUGCCAGAGGAACGAGACCACGAGACAGCUCGAUGUACGACGUUGAACUGUACAACUAUUCAACAUUCGGUCAAGGUGAAGACAUAAAGACGUACUUGUGUAACACGUCUGGAGAGGAACGAGCAACACAAAUCCAGAAGACGGUCUACAGUUGA